CGGCGCUUGCGAGGCAGCUCGCAGGUCCGGCGCUGGUGGCAGAUGCUGAGCGAGGUGAGCACCGGCCCGAGCUCCAAGCGCAAGAUCGCGCUGGCCGCCCGCGAGGCGACCCGCGGCGCUCCAGGGGCGAUCGGGCGGUUUGUCAGGAAGACGUGCGCUCCAGCAGACUCCGCGGCGAGCUUCGCGCGGCUGCGCGAGGUGAUACCGUUGCCAGUGCCUGGCGCCCCGCUCUUCGAGAAGCACCGCGCCGCACGGUGCCGGGGCCGGCAGUUCGCCGAGCGCGAGCUGGAGGGGGCAGUUUUCCAGGGGCAAGCCGGCGCUCUGGGCGUCGUUGGCCGCGCCUGCGCAUACUUCGCCAGGGGCGCAGCCUCGACGUUCGAGCUCCCCGACUGGAACGAGGUCAUCGCGGCAAAGAACAUCUCCUACGCCUCGGUCGAGGCGCUCGACAUCGCGGACCCGCAGGUGGGCGCUUGGCUGGCUGGCCCAGCGCUGGCCCUCCUUCCUCGGGCAGAACGGCCGCAGGAUGUCCCGCGUGCGGCGAUCCAGGUCGAGCCCAGGCAGGAGUGGUACCAGAUCGGGGCCAAGCUGGUUGAGCUUGGACGCGCGACGCCUAUCGCCGAGGACCGCGUCUUCAAGGUCGGGGGCCGGAAGGUGCUGGCAGGGCCCUUUGGCGCUGCCAAAGGUGGGGCGCCCUCGCCAGGCCAGGCGCGCGCCCGGCGGCUCAGCGUCAACAUGGUCCCAGCGAACAGCUUCCAGUGCAUCAUGAGAGAGCCAUCCCGCUUCCAGAGGGCCCACCUGGCGCUGCGGGUCAUCCCGAUGGGCUGGAUCAGCGCAGUCACGGUGUUCCAGCACUGCCACCGGCGCCUGGGCUGCGGCGCGCGCCCACUUGCGGCUGGCUUGGAGUGGCGCGAGGACCAGCCGCUCCCGUUCAAGUCGAAGGUGCUCGAGCAGCAGUGCGUCCAGUACUGCAAUGGCGACUGGGGCCACGGCGAAGUAGCGUCCAGCUGCUACUGGGGCAGAGGGCCGCCUACCGCCUACCACCGAUCGGGGACCAAUGUCGCGCCCGACAAGGCCAAGCACCGUGCAUUGGUGCUCGAGAGGAUGUGCGCUGGGCUCGACGGGGCCUUCGGGCGAGUUGGCGUCACCACCGAGGAGCUGCACCUGCUCGUGGGGUUCAUCCUCUGGGCCAUGGGCCAGUCGGCGCUGUCGCCCCAGGCGAUGCUCAAUGUGUUGGGCCGGUGUGUCAGGGCUGCGGAGUUCAGGCGGCCUUUCAUGGGCUUCCUCAACAGCGUGUGGGCGGCUGGCAGCUGGGCUCGACCGCGGCCCGCCCUGCUGGGCAUCUGCGACGAGCUCCCGGGUUUCGCCUUCGCGCUGCCGCUCGCCUUCACCGCCCUGCGCGCCCGCAUCGACGCGUGCGUUUCCGCGACGGGCGCCAGCGAGCACGCCGGGGGCAUCUGCUACGCGAUCGGGCUCAGCGAGCAGGGCGUCGCCUGUGCCAAGGGCGAGGCGUCGGCAGCGGCGCUGCGGCCGGGGGCCAUCUCGGCGCCCGUGCAGGGGGUUGACCCCGCGGCUCGCCGGCUGGCGCGGCGGCGCUGGGCCGGCGUCGUCGAGCCGGGGAACAUCGAGGCCGUCGGCGCCAAGCGGUUCUCCGAGAUGCGGUUCCGCGAGGGCCCGCGGUCGAGGCUCUUCUACCGCGUCCCGGAGCUGAUCGAGGCAGCGGAGGCCGCCUUCCCCAAGCGCACCAUGUGGCUCGUCGAGAACGUGUUCAGCAUGUCCCUGGAGUCGCGGGCAGAGUUCUCACGGGUCCUGGGAGUGGCGCCGAUCUUCCUGGGCGCCAGGUUCCUCGCCCGCGUCAGGCGCCCGCGGCUGUGCUGGCGCUCGUGGCCGGUCGUGUCUUUCCUCGCCUCGGACGCCGCGGUCGGCGCCAGCGAGGGCGCGGCGGCCCGCUUCAAGGUCGCGCUCGCGGUGAAGCUCGAGCGAGCCCCCCCAGCGGCGGCGCAGCGGCGGGUGGCAGACGGCUACCGCUACCAGGUCAACAACUACGAGGACGGCAGUCUGGUCCGGGACGCGCAGCGUGAGCGGGGCCGGCUGCGCGCGCCAGAGGAGCGCGGAGCGCUGAUGGGAUUCGACCACCUCUACUUCCAGGCCGCUGCAAAAGAUAACACCGCCCCAUCAGAGCGCGAUGUCACCAUCGAGUCCCUGAUUGGGAACACGUUCUGCUCCCAGGUCAUCACGUAUCCUCUCGGCUCGUGGCUUGCUCGAGUGGGAGUGAUCUGCGCGGCCAUGCCGGGUCAGAGCUGCCUUGCCGUGGGCGCCUGCCAGUCGAACUGGAACGUCGCCCCCGACUUCCAGCGGCCAGGGCAUCGCGACCCCCAGCUGGAGCGUGGCCUCAUCGUGGAGUUCCUGCGGGUGGCCGACCGUGGGGGCGCCGACGUCCGACUGGGCGCUGGUGCGCCGUGCCGCGCCCGUGCGUGGCCGCGGGCUGUCCUCCGCGCUCACCUCCGGGCCUGGCGGAUCGCCAAUGGCUUCCGCUGGCAGCGCGCGGCUCACAUGUCGGCGCUGGAGCUGGAGGCCGUUGUUGCAGGCGCGCGCUGGAGGUGCAGGGCGGUCGAGGGCCGCCGCUGCAGGUGCCCGCGCAUUCUCGAUGCCUACGCGAUCGCUGCCGUCAACACCAAGGGCAGGUCGAGCGCGCGGGCGCUUCAGCCUGCCCUCCGCAGGCUCAACUCCCUGCUCCUCGCGACGGCCGGAUGCCCGCUCCACGGCUACUGCGACACGGGCGACAUGCCCGUGGACGCGCUGUUGCGGCGGAGGUUCGGCAGCAACGAGGGCGAAGCAGGCAGCAGCCAAGACAGCGGCGAGGCGUGCUUCAGCGAGGGCCACGCCCCUGCGGGAGUGUCCGCCUUCAUCGAGAGCCGGUGGCUGAAUGGCGGCUCCUUGUUCGAGGUGAACAAUGCAGUUGCGGGCGUUGCUCGCGAGUUCCCGCCGGUGCGAGGGCACCACAAGGAGAGCUGGCGCCUCGCCAAGACGCGGCAGCGUCUGGAGCCAGAUGGCCGGGCACUGCCGAUCGGGCCACUCAUUGCCGCAGCGUGCGAUGGGGCGUUUGCAGCUGUGGGCCAGCUUGGCGCUGCGGCGACGCUCGCGGCGGGUUUUGACAUUUUCCUUCGGACAGGCGAGAUGACUUCGCUCGCUUGGUCCGACGUGCAGCUGUACCCAGCCCGGCGCAAGGCCGUGCUGCAGUUGCGUAGUACCACGAGCCAGCGCCAGACCGGUGCCCGCGAGUUCGUGCUUGUGCGGAGCGCAGUGGCGGUUGCGCCCCUGGCCAAAGCCGAGGCCAAUGCUCGACAGAGUGACUUGUGUCUCGGGAUGGAGCCGAAUUGCUUCGUUCGCAUUUUCAGCCAGGUGCGCGAGCUGCUAGAGCUGCAAGACACCAAGCUGACCUUGCACAGCUGGAGGCGGGGCGGAGCCUCCGCCGUCUUCCACGGCCGCGGCUCGAUGGGGCAUGCGCUGUUCCGCGGCAGGAGGGCCCCUGCGAGAACGGCUCGCCUGUAUGUCCAAGACGCCGUCGCCGAGGCCGCGCAGCCCAGCCCCUCGCCUUUGCAGCGCCAGCGCUGCGAGCUGCUCGCCGCCCGUCUGCGAGCGACG